ACAAGCAGACAUCUGCUGAGCCUUAUUGCGAGAAUUGAUAGAGCGUAAGACAACCUCCCUGGAUCCCAAUGACCAAGUGGCCAUGGGCAGGCAGUGGCUUGCUAUUCAAAAGUUGAGAAGCAAGAUCAAGAAGAAAGUAGACACCAAAGCAAGCAAAGGGAGAAAAGUGAGAUACCAUGUACAUAGCAAGUUGGUGAGCUUCAUGGCUCCUAUUGGCCACAGCGCAAUGAAUGAUGAGGCCAGGACUGAACUGUACCAAUCAUUAUUUGGACAAAUAAAGUCUUCCGAAUCUGAAAGGAAAAUGUGAGCACAGAGGACAAUUUUUAAGCCAGAUGAAUAUUUUAUACAACCAUAAGGACGCGUGCCACAAUUACUUUUUUUUUUUUUUACAUUGACUUGACCCUCAACCACUGUAGUAAAAAAAUAUAUGCUGCAGACUGUGUAAAGUAAAUAGAUUAUGACAAUGUUCUUGUCUGAAAUGGCUUUUCUGCAGUUGUGCAAAUAAAUUUACGUUUAUGGUCUACAGAUCUAAAGUACCAGGACAUCUUUCACUGUAAAGGCCCUACUGCACCUCCUGCCAUUCAGGCAUCAUGAACACCAGUGGCUAAACACAUCUAUCAGCACUCAUUAGCACCAGCGUGAUUACACAGGCUGAUGCAAACUUUCAACUUGGGAGGAACUGCAGUCACUCUUCUCUCAUUCUCUUCUAUUCCUUAUCGGCAGCACACCCCUAAUCACAAAGGGAGAUAUACUGUUAAUAAUUGUGCAUCUUUCAUCCUGAUGAGAUAUCAAUCAGCCGAUGAACAAGGGUUUAUACUGCUUGAUUGGUAAUUGCCGUGAAAACCGUGCUGUCUAGUAGGGUCUUUGGAAUAUACAAGCAUAUUCCUUGAAUAGGCUGACCUUAAAGGGGUUAUCUGAGGCUGGAAAUGGGCCCCCACAUGUCCAGGCCCCUCACACUGAUUCUACUUACCUGGCAAGUACGGAUGCGGUGCGAUUUUCACGCUAGUAGACAAUCGGGAUGGGGACCCGAUCAUUAUUAUUUUCCCUUAUAACUUGGUUUUAAGG